AUGUCGAGCGACAAGUCUGCCCCAAACGACGGGAUUCCGCGUUCAUUUGUCUUCAAGAGAGGAAAGGUGUCCAUUGCAGCCGCAGAUUUGGUCAAAGAUAUACGCCAGGUCUUUCAGCCAUACGGGUUCAUUCAGUUGAAGGUUCGAAAGGGAAACAAUCUUAGGGACUUCACUGCCGUCUCAGGUAUCUUGGGGGCAACCCACAUGACAAUUUUAACUUCGUCUGGGGAGGGGACGACGAUGAGGAUCAUCAAGCUUCCUGCGGGUCCUACACUGACCUUCCGGUUAAAGGAUUACAGCACUAUGGUUGAUAUGCACAAAGCCUUUAAAACGGAGCCACUCCCACAGUUCGCCAUGAAUUACCCCGCUCUUUGCAUCACAGCUGGUUUCAAAAGUCAAGCUAUCAAGGAUGCCAACCCUGGGCUACUUAAGGCCUUAGACCUCUGCAAGAUUACUAUUCAGGGGAUGUAUCCAGAACUUAAUGUUGCAGAGGUUUCUCUUCGCUCCCUCAAAAGAUGCGUUUUGUACUCAGCGAACGACACGGGGGCCAUUACAUUCAGACACUACCUCCUUCGGCAUCCGCUGGAUGCUGAGUCUGAAAGCCUAAAGGUCCUUCUAGGAGAGAAGCGUCUGUCUCUCGGUCAUCUGGAUACCAUCGAUGACAUUUCCACUCUUAAAGUAAGGGACCCGAAGACGGACCUGGAUCGAUUCUUUAAGGACAAACCAGUAAGGCUCAUUGAGAUGGGCCCUCGCUACACGCUAGAGCUCAUAAAGAUAGAGAGUGGGCUCACGACAGGAUUGGUGUUAUACCAUGCAUAUAUAACAAAGACAGAGGAACAAAUAGCACAGGCAGAAAAGAAGGCCAGACAGACACGGGGAAGGCUGGACAAAGAGGCGAAGCGCGAGAUACUGCGCAGACGCUUGCGCGUGGAGCGGGAGAAGAAGGAGCAUGCUAGAAUCACAAAGGAGCACGAGAAAACUGCAGACAAUCUGGCAUCUUAUGCAGCGGAAAAGGCCGGGGAGCUCUCAGAGCCGUUCAUGGAGCCCAGCGGAGAAUGA